AUGCCGGACCUCUCGGUGGGCGUCAUCUUGGCGUUACACUGCGCGCUGACGUCGCUGUCGGUGACCGCCGGCGUGGUGGUCUACGACUACGUCAUGGACGAGAACCCGGAGCGCUCCUCGUACGCGUCUUUCACGGUGGUCUCGUACGGCGCGGGCGACCUGGCCGGACGCCUCGGCUAUCAGACCUUGCUCAGCACCGGAGAACAUCGAAAAGUGAUGGCCGUGCAGGCGUUCCUACAGGGCGGAGUGCUCUUCCUCAUGGCCCUGUCCAAGGAGGUCGUGCUGCUGGCACCGGCCAGCUUUGGUUUGGGCUGGAUGAGCAGCACGCUAGAGAUGCUGUCCGUGCCCGUCCUGCAGCGCUUCCUCGCGCCGGACGCCGUGGAACAGCAGCUGGGCAUCUGCCGAGCCUCCUCGGGCAUAGCGUGCCUGGUCGGGCCACUCCUUGUCACGCUGUUCCGCGACGACGGCCCGCAGUCCUACGCGGUCAUGUUCGUCGUUUCCGGGGGCCUCUCGUUGCUGGCCGGCGCGCUGUGGCUGCCCGGCGUCAAGCAGGAGAUGGACGAGGCCUACGGCAAGGCGGGCCACGGAAAGGCAGCAGACGCAGCAGGCACAGUGGCGGCCUAUCCGGUCCUGGCAGAGGCCAGACAGGCCACAGCGGAGCCAGGCGCUGCGAAACCAGAAGAAGCAAAGCCAGCAGCUGCCGAGCAAGGCCCCGCAGUGGAACUGACGCCUGCCGCCGCCGAAGACACCGCUGCGAAAGCGGACGAAGCCAACCCGGGGCCCCCCAAGGGCGCGGUUCCAGCUCUCGAGGCACAUGAACCUGCGGCGCCUGUUUCGAACGGCGCCCCGGGAGGUCCCUUUCUCUCCCGUGCUCCUGACCCGUCUUCCUCAGCACUCUUAAACACCCUGCUUGAGUAAUGAUGCAUUAUAACUUGCUGAGAGGCAACGUCGUCCGCAACAGAGCUGCUAGUGUAACAGCUAUGAGGUUCAGCUUAUCGCCAGAGAAUUUUAGCUCGUCCGUCAACAAAUAUUGGAGAACUUUAGUUUGUGCGUAAACGUGUUAGUGUGUGCUGAUUACUGGGUCACAGAAUAAAAAAAAAACAACUUCAUCGUA